GUUAGCUCUGUUUACACUAGAAGUUGUUACAAGCGAACCUGAAAAAGACCUCCUGCUCUUGGAGACUACAAUUAUAUAUAUAUACACCUGUCCUUCUCUCCCUCUUCAAUUAUAUUUCUCAGAAACUGAUAGAAGAACAGGACCUCUCAAAGCCUACUCUCUCUCACUCUCUCUGUCUCUAUGCUUCUGGCUAGCAUGGUUCACUCUGGUUUACAAGAUACACCAGGAACUGGACGAUCACCACAAAGUAAUAAUACAAGCAGCAGCAACAAAAUGAAUGGAUUUCUAUCUACUGGAGACGAAAUGGUACCAACGCCAUCCAGCAACGGGUCAUGGGAAGGAGAGAGCGAUCUCCUUGGGACUGCAGGUUUGGACAAAGGCGCAGGUGGACUCCAUCCACACAUAAAGAUGGAAUCAGCUGAUGGCGACUGCUCCAGAGAUGACAAAGGAGAUGAAGACGAGAGCGUUGGAGACGACGAAAAGAAAGGUGGCGGAAAGUACCAAAAGCCCCCAUUCUCCUAUAACGCACUGAUAGUGAUGGCCAUACGGUCCAGCCCGGAGAGAAAGCUCACAUUGAGCGGUAUCUACGACUACAUCAUGAAGAACUUUCCCUACUACAGAGAGAACAAGCAAGGCUGGCAGAACUCCAUCAGACACAACCUCUCACUCAACAAAUGCUUUGUAAAAGUCCCUCGUCCUUACGACGACCCUGGAAAGGGAAACUACUGGACCCUGGACCCGUCCAGCGACGAUAUAAUGUUCAUCGGUGGAACAACCGGUAAACUGAGGAGGCGACCGGUCUCCCGUAGACACGGCCACGAGGGUCUUUAUGGCAGCCCUGCUGCUGUGGCUGCUGCUGCAGCAAUGAGAGGACACAAACACCCUCCACCUCUCUCAGGUAUGCCAGCAUACUCCAUGCUACCACACGAGCCUGGUGCAGGUGGAGCGUACGCUUAUAAUCCAUUCCCACCUCAUCCUCAUCCCCCACCACAGUCUAUACAUGCAACAACCCUAGCACCAGCCGGGAUGCACGCCGUACAGCCUAAUCCGUAUCUCAACUCGGCUCCAUUCUUCCCUCCCAUUGCAUCUCCGUUUGGCAAGACUCAAGGUUUUGGAUUCAACAUGGACUCUCUCCUCAAGGCUGGGGGCUCCGCGGCCGCCGCCAUAUCGUCAACAAGUGGGGAAGGAAGCACAACAGUGAACAGCAUCAAUUCAACGUCCUCCUUCAACAGUUUACCAACAACGUGUGGCCCUUUACUAAACUCACAACUACCAUACAGACUACCGAGUCUUCCUAGCCCUGGGAUAACAGGAACGAUGCCAUUUUCCGGCCUAACCCCCCUCUCCCCAGGGACGCAGCAGUUUCUCUUCAUGCCAACCACCCCGGUCAUUCCUAACCACCCCAUGUCCUUCUUUCCCCCUCCUCCACCACACACGUCUCAUGGAUUGGGUGUGAGUAGUUCGUAUAUCCCACCGCCACAGCCCACUUCAACCCCAGGACUAACCAAUCCUCUCUCUAACAACACCACUGCAAGUAACAAUAGCUCAGUAGGCAGUCCUUACACAGCUACUUCAAUAUGUAGCUCAGCAUCAAUGUCAUAGAUGCCUCUAUGACAAGAUAAUCCCCUCUUCCUUUAUCCUCUUGAUUCUCCAUAAUACACUGAUGAUUAAAUCUUCUUCUUCUUCCUUCUCUUCUCCUCUCCACAGGUCUGUAUGAUUAUCCAAUUAUAUUCUUUAUUAUUAUUAUUAUUUUGAUUGCUAUUUUACCAACUGCACAGGAAUAAACUCUUGAGAGAAAUUUAAUUUUAUCAUACCGGUAAUUAUUAUUAUUAUUAUUAUUUUAUCAUCACUUUAAAUUAUUUUGUUGAUAAGUUCCCUCCACAAUACAGCUAACAUUUUGUCUUAUAA